AUGGAUGUACAUGAAAGAAUUCAUUGUCUAAAUAUCACACGUUUCAACUUAACAGGUGGACAUUUAGAAAACCAAUCAGUGGCAUGUAUUUCCUGUUUCUUCCCUCAGAACUGUCAGCCAGAUAAUCAAUGUUUACCAGGAACAACAGGGCUAACUUGUGAGUCAUGUGAUCAGACUGUAUCUGAUGCCAAAUAUUUUCUGUUUGGUAAUUCAUGUAUACCAUGUGAGAAGAUUCCAUGGACAGCUGUAACACUGGGUUUAUUUUUACUCAUUGUGCUGAUUGGUUUCUUUCUUCAAGGUUUCACUCCCCAAUAUGUCACCAAGCUAAAGAUCAUGAUUCAUUUUUUUCAACUACUAAUAUCAUCUAUCCAUGUAAAAACCAACUGGCCUCCAUCAGUUAUAAAAUUUAUAAGUAUCAUAGGAUUUGGUAAAUUUACUGCUAGUGUUGUUGAUUUAAGGUGUAUGGUAUCCACUACAAAAGAUAAGUUGUAUAUAGAAUGGUUGACAGCGUUAUGUAUACCAACAAUUAUAAUAAUAAUAGGACUGAUCAUUAACAACAGAGAGGAAAAAACUCUGUUAAAAUUAAGAAAACACCAGAAAGAUAAAGAAAAAGAAGAGAUGAUUAUAAACAGCAGGCUAAAACUUAGAAGAUUUUUAUAUUUAAUAGUUAUUAUUUAUCUUAUGCCAAUAAUAAUUUGCAUAAUUCGUUCUUUUUCUUGUACAUCUAUAUUUGAUGAGGGUAUGGUUUUUAGAUUGUCCAGUAGAGAUAUAUUUCUAUAUGAUAAUACAUUCACUUGUGAUUCCAUCAUAUUUCAGACAAUGAACCUGUUACUGUUUUUCUAUCUAAUAGCUUGUCUAGUCUUUGUUUUAUUCUGCCUUAUAAUAUUUCCAUUACGACAGAAUAAAUGGGAUUUACUGGAAAGUCAAGAAAAUGAAUAUGGAUUUGUGUACGAGUCCUACAAGAAAAGGUCAUGUGUGUGGGAUGCUUUACCAAAGUUUAGAAUACUCAUUAGUUUAGGCUUAACAGAUACCUUACUACUUCAUCCAGUAUAUCAAUCUAUUGGUGUAUGUUGUUUAACUGUAUCCUAUCUGUUGUUAUUGCUGUUAGCUAGACCAUACAGAUGUUUUUUCUGGAAGUAUACAUCUUGUAAUAAUCACCUUAUACUUGAUAUAUUAUGUAAUAUUGGAAUUGUAUUAUUACAAACUGGUGGAUUAUUGACAAGUUUAAAUCUAUAUCCAUCAUAUUUAGAUUAUAUUAUUAUCAGUGUUAUAUGUAUUGUAAUCAUUUAUUGGGUAAUCUUAAUGUUAGCCGUUCGUUUUGAAAAACAAUCUUUUCUUCUUGUUGAGAUAAGUGCCAAUCGAGUUAAUGCAAGUCAGGUUAGUGUAACUAGUGAAUCGGUGACUAAUACAAACUACCGUCAAGUUAGUAGUAGUAGCACUGAUACUUUAGAAUUGCACCAAACAACAGCUAAACGUAAAGUAUCAACACGUUUAAAGAGUAAUAAAGUAGCAAAUAUUACACGUGAAUCAGAGUCGUUUGAUUUUUAAUCACCAUUUUUUUAAAGUUAAAUUGUUUUGUACAUAGAUUUCAUUUAUUACACAAUUUGUUGUUUUGUUAUAUUGUUAUCUAAUAAAGUUACAGAAGUUUU